CAUUGGCCUAACAGAACCGUAAACAAACCGGCGGUCAUUAUUCCAGGAAGGGACGAAUCGCCGAGAACUGUCCCAUCGGAUCGAUGAGUUACAGGGUUCGAGAAGGAACAUUUUGAGAAAACAAUCGCCGUGUAACAACGAGUCCGUGUAUAAUAAAGGAAGGAGGCGGGCGCGAGACGUUAGCAUUACGAGUGCUAAUCCAGCUACCCGACAUACAGUCUUCAGUAUAAUUCAGGAUGGUGUAUGUGGGGACUGGACUGGGCGUAUUAGGCAUUUUGGUCUUUUGCUGCACUUUGGCUCCCUCUCCUGGACAUGCUUACAUCUACGCUCAUUAUAGUAACAUGACCUCCAUGCUGUUUGAAGAUCUUCCUGCUCUCUUUGGCUCUUCUCUGCCAAAAGAUGGACUCACGGGCAUCCUUGUUGAAGCUCGUCCUCAGAACGCAUGCAUGCCGAUAGAUCCUGCCCCUGUGUCACCCACACCCUCAGAUCCCAACAGCACUACCAAAUACAUCGUCCUCAUUCGGCGCUAUGACUGUAACUUUGAUAUCAAGGUACUACAUGCACAGCAGGCCGGUUUCAGUGCAGCUAUAGUACACAACAUGUACUCAAAUUCACUCCUCAGUAUGGGCUACAGCAACGACACACUUGCUAAUGAGAUCGAGAUUCCCUCUGUGUUCACAAGUUUCUACGCCUCUCAAAUACUGCGCACCUUUAUCAUACCAGAGAAAGGGGCUUUUGUGAUUCUCAAACCAGAGUUCUCCUUCCCUCUCUCAUAUUAUCUCAUCCCUUUCACUGGAGUGGUGGCCAUAAUCAUCCUCGUCAUGGUCAUCAUAAUGAUCGUCCGGUGCGUUCAGCACAGGAAGAGACUCCGGAAAAACCGACUGUCCAAAGAACAGCUGAAAAAGAUCCCCACGCACAAGUUUGUCAAAGGCGAUAAGUAUGACGUCUGUGCCAUUUGCCUGGAUGAAUAUGAAGAAGGAGAUAAAUUGAGAGUUCUGCCAUGUUCGCACGCCUACCACUGCAGGUGCGUGGACCCCUGGCUCACCAAAACCAAGAAAACCUGUCCCGUGUGUAAGCAAAGGGUUACCCGUUCCAACCCGGAAAAUUCAGAAUCUUCCGAUUCCGACGAAGAGGCGGCGCCACGUGAAGCCAAUGAGGAAGAGGGAGGAACAAGCGAUGCGGACUCCGAGCGCACCCCUCUGCUUCGUCCCUCCAACCCUGCAUCCCCCUUAUCCUCCAGCCCGUCUACAACUUACUCCGCCACGGUGACAACCUCAGCUCAGUGCCUGCAGCAUGACGUCCCCCUCCUGGGCUGCGAGGAAUACUACUCGCCUGUAGAGGACAUAGACGAAGGUGAUGAGAAUGAGGAGGGUCAGGCCUCAGAUAAUGACACCACAGAGCUGAUUGGAAGUGGCACUGUAGGAGUCUGAGAGGUGUUUAGUAAAAGCAACCCUUGUCGUUUAGGGUGUUACUAGGUUGUGUUUUCUCAAAACAACAAAUCUUUACUUUCACAGCGGUGGGAGCUGAAUGGGUGAAAAUAACACCCUUUACUCAUUUUGACACUCAGCUCCAGUCUCACUGUGACACACACCCGCACCACUUUUAGGUAGCUAGUGUGAUCGACACUACACUUCAGAUGUGCGACAAAUUUAUAGAUUCUCACACAAAGUUGUUUCCACCUUUUCACUUCGGUGUGGUUUAAUAAAGUUUUCCAAAUUUGGGCCCAUGUUCUGAUUUAGGGUAAUGUAAAACUACUUGGGUUAGUUUCGUUUGCUCACUCUUGUGUCGUUCCAAAGCUGUAUCAUUUUGCUAUCUUCUGUGGAACACGAAGGGAGUUUAUUUUGCCAAAGCUCUCAAAUCUCAUUGACACUUUUGUUUUUCAAACGUACAUCAUCUCCAUCCAUUAUGGUUACAUGUUUGUAAAAUAUGCAGAAGUGCUGCUGUCAUUUUGAGAGCUGUAGCGAAUGGGAAGAUAAUCACAGAGUCUAUUUCAUGUUCCACCACUGAAAAACAAGUCAUACAGGUUCAGAACAAUAUGAGGGUAAGGAUCUUUUUUUUUUUGGUGAGCCAUUCCUUUAAGUUGGUGGAUCGUUCCUAGCCACCAUUAAUGUGCAAUACGGACAGGCUGCCAGUUUGUAAAUUAAGAGUUGUAUUUUCUUCACGUAUUCAGAGGCCACACAAACACCAAUGCAGGCUUCUGAGUUUGCGUCUUUAAUAACCAACUUAUUUUAAUGAUCUUUUUUUAUUGAGAAAACUUCAGACCGACAGACUGUCACUCUAUGUUUAAUACUGACAUAUUUACCAUACUAGCUGCUUUUUCAGUUUGCUCUCUUUGUGGCUGACAGUAAAUAGACUUCAUGGCGAUGUGUAUACUUGUUUUCAUCCUUUAACUGUCUUGUUAGAUUUUAUGUUUCAUCAUUAAUGAAUAAGAAAUGUUUUGUAAACUAAAGGAACCUGUGCCUGUUUUCCCCCAAUCAUCAUUUAGAUCAUAGUGUAUGUAAACAUUGAGUCCUUUAUUCUAAAUGGCUUUGUUGAUGAUUGAUUUAAGACUGUACUAUUGCUGCCAUAAAGUCAAUUUUCGCUCUA